UCACUCACUCUCAAUGAUAUUCCGAGACAAACUAAAAGCCAUGAAAUAGAGCCGCGAAAAUCAAAUAAACAGUUUUGCGAUAUGAAAAAUAAAUUAAAUUUUUUAGAGUUAUGUAUUUAUUUUAUUUUUUGGAUUACAGCUAAUAUAUAUUCUUUGUAUAAACUUUUUGAGGCUCAAAAUGAUAUUUUAAAGGGCAAUCAAGAACUGGUACAUUCUUUAACUGAUUUACAAAAAGGUUGGGGAUUCACAGCAAGACACAAAGAUGUAUCUGAUAUUGAGUGGAGCAGUUGGAAAUAUUUUUUACAUACAUCCUGGCGUUACCAGAUUUUUCAGUUUAUUGUUACGGAGACCUUACGUUAUAAACAUGCAUCUAUCAUAAAAUACUGGUACAUCAUAUCCAGCAUGUUUUUUGUGACUACUUUUAUGGGAUAUAAACAAAUGAUAAUUAUUUUAACACAGCCUGUGAUAUUUGCUGUGAUUUUAUUUUGUGGUGGCAAAAAACUGAGUAUUUGGAUCACAAGUAUUUUACUACUUUUUAGUUACAAUUCACUAAAAUAUAUGUAUUAUUUUUGGAGUUUUUUGGAUUACGACCACAUGCAGGAUGAAGAAGUAUAUCUCAUAUUAUUUAGUGUGGCUUGGAUUGAGCUUCGCUGCAUAAGUUACUCGUUAGACUUUGUAGGAAGAAAGGAAGAGAAGUCAUUAAAUCUAGAUGAUUUAAUUAACAUGUUCAGUUACACAUCAUAUUUACCUCUGCUAUAUACUGGGCCAAUUAUUCUAUAUGAAGAAUUUGAGAAUAGUUUUAAUAAAAGAAGAGAAUAUUUAAUAUCAAGAAUAAAACAGUUUAUUUCUGACAUGAUAUUUUUUCAACUGUAUUCAGUGUUAUUGGAUUUGGUUUUUCAUUAUAUAUAUUUCUUUGCAAUGCAUAGUAAGAUGGAGUUAAUACGAAUGCUGCCCACAAUCGCUUUGUGCGGUGGCGGCCUCUUCAUGGGCUUAGAGUUCCAUAUGAAAUACGUGGUCUCAUAUGGCACGGCGGGGGCAUUCGCUAGGUUGGACAACAUGGAUCCUCCUCCGACACCAAGAUGCAUCGCAAGGAUUCACGUGUACUCACAAAUGUGGAGGCAUUUUGACGUUGGGCUGUACAGGUUUUUAGUUAAGUAUAUCUACAAACCUGGUUACAGUGUACUAAACCAGUAUUGCAACUUACCCAAGAUAGCAUACAAGUUAACCGCGUCGCUAGCUACAUUCCUCUUCAUCUUUGUCUGGCACGGCACCGUGUGGCAUAUACUCGUUUGGUCAGUACUCAACUACUCUGGCAUAACUCUAGAACAUCUUGGCAAGUGUAUUUCAAGGCAUGAAAGUUACACAUAUUUUAAGAAAAACAUUUUAAGAUCUGAGGCAAUGGAAACAAGGUUUAUUGCAAUGCUAUGUACGCCACUUUUGGCCCUAUCAGCGAUAUCAAAUUUCUAUUUAUUUGCUGGCAGUGAAGUUGGUAAUUUAUUUUUUGAAUGUCUAUCACAUCCUUCUUUGUUGAGCUCUGUUGUAUUAGGUGUAUCUUUAUACAGUUGUUGUCAUGUUUCUAUGGCUUUGGAACAUGUGCAAUCAAGAGGCGGUUCGAAAAAAGUUGAUACUCCCAAAACGUGAAUAUAUCACAAUUCCUAUGGUCUCAGAGUUCCUGUUCUGUUAUAUUAAUGUUUGAAUACGAUAAUCUCAGGUAGACUGGUACUACUUUGCUUUAUAAAAUUCUUAGUAUAUUCCAAUAGAAAUCCAUGACUUGACAGAUUUCAUAUAUUUUUUGUACUUUUUAUAAAGUAGAUAUGCAUAAAAAUAAACUUUUCGUUAGAAUCCCGUUUACUUAAGAAGGUUUUAUGUAUACAGUAGCCUUAGUGCAAGAUUUGCUCGCUGGCAAUCGAGUAGUCGUUUUCGCGUAAAACUCUGUAUCGUUGUAUAAGUAAAAUAGACCUCAUGUCAUUCGUUUUACAGUUAUAAAUUGUGUACCUCUGAUUUUUGUUUUACAAAUGUUCUGUCAAAAGCUCGAGUUUAAAAUUGAGCUUUAGAAAAAUGCAUAUAAGAUCCAUUUUAGGUAUUUCCAUACUCGAAACCAACUCGAUUGCCAUCGAGCCAUUCUUGGCUUACAGGGGUAACGCGUGAAAAAACGCGGGGCACAGUAUAACAUAAAUGUGAUAAUCAUUGUGUAAUCUCAUCUAAAGUAUUAUCAAAGGUAACAUAACCUAACAACUUUGAAGUUUAAAUUAAUUAUUAGUUAAAUUGUAAAAAAGAAACAUAUCAACUUUAUAUAAUCUCUUUAUUAGAAUAAAUCAAUAACUAUUA